AUGGAUGGUUUGAGAACCGUUCCCAGGGAAAGCAGCAUGAAUCUCACCGACGAGGAGCGUGCCACCCUCCAGCAUGUGGAGAGGUUGGGUGCUGCCCUCAGCUUGGUCGGUGUCUGCCUCAUCUUCAUCACCUACGGCUUCUUCCCCCGGGUCCGUACCGUUCCGAAUACCUUCAUUUUCUUCGCCUCUAUUGCGAACGUCGGAGCCAGCAUCGCAUGCCUUAUCGGCUACAGUGGCAUCUUGGCCGGCGACUCGUCAGCCUUGUGCCAGGGUCAGGCAUUCCUUCUCGAGAUCGUCAUCUACGUGGCCGUCGGGUACCACGUGUUUCACCACCGCAACCAACUGCGCAACUUGACUCUUAGCAAUCAGGCAAGGGACGCAUACUGUGCGGAACGCAAGGAAUCAGAGAAGGAACAACAAAGCUACGGCACCGUAACAACCGAGGUCCGCGUCACAGCCGAAUCCUCGGGCAGUCCAACCCCGCCGUCCACACCCGCCGGCUCCAUCGCCCCCGUCCUCAACCGGCCCUCAACCGCCGCCGCCAACGCUCCCUGGGGCCAACCGCACGACGACGAUAACUACGACGUCAACGCCCACCCCACCGCCUUCACAACCCGCGGGCGAGGGAGCAGCCGCGGGCACACGCACAGCACCACCACCCACGCCGGCAUCAACCCGCACCACCCCACCCCAUUCACCACCACCCUGACCAUCAGCUCCUCCCACCCCCCAAAACCGCCCAAACGCCCACACACCAGCCUCCCCACCCGCCUCGCCCGCACCUGGCGCAAAUUCCAGCGCAAGCUCGCCACCCUCGACCCCAUCAAGCUCGCCUACCUGCGCACCUCGUUCGUCUUCGCCCUCUCCAUCCUCGUCACCUGGACCCCGUCCAGCAUCAACCGCGUCUACUCGCUCGCCUACCCGACCCGCACCAGCUACGGCCUGAACUUGGCCAGCGCCGUGGUCCUGCCGCUGCAGGGGCUGUGGAAUGCGACCAUCUUUGCGGCGGCCAGUUGGCAUAUUUUGAGGGAGGAGUGGCUGGAGGCGAGGAGAAGGGGGAGGGGCUGUGGCGGGUUUUGGUGUGCGGGUGUGAGGGGCGGCGCGAGGAGGUUGAGUAGUGGUGCGGGGGGGCAUGUUGGUGGUCUUGGGGGGGGUGGUGGUGGUGUUGGUGGGGGUGGGUAUGAGGAGCGUGGCGGGCAGGUUGCGCUGUCGUUGUCGGGGCAGGGGUUCCGGAGUCGUGAUGGCGGUCUGCCGGAGGGGAGGGAGUUGACGACUAUGCCGCGCGUGGCGAAUGGUCGGAAAAGGAGGAGGUGGAUUCUGCCCCGCGAGGGCCCGUAUACCCAGGAGAUGGAUGAUCAGCUGCUCGGUGCUUUUCAAUGUCGUUGA